AUGGUGAACUACGGCUUAAUCAAAGAGGGUUGCGGCUUAUCUCAGAGGAAAAUUCCAACUGUACUCUUGUGGAAUGUAGCUUAUUUUCGCAUUGAUGAUUUGUAUAGAAGCACCUGUAUCAGUUCACUGCAAUCAACAAACCUGAAGGUGGAAGUUGUGCAGUUAUCAAUGGAUGAUCUUGAGAUGAUUCAAGUCAUUGGCAAAGGAAGUGGUGGUGUUGUCCAGCUAGUGCGGCACAAGUGGGUGGGGACAUUAUAUGCUUUGAAGGUCUACAAAAAUUUGAGAACUGUCCCUGGGUAUUCAGAUGAAUAUUCAGGAAGCAGUGCGCGCAAGCAAAUAGUACAAGAGCUCAAAAUAAAUCAAGCAACACAGUGUCCAUAUAUAGUUAUGUGCCACCAAUCUUUUUACCACAAUGGUGUCAUAUGUCUUGUUCUUGAGUACAUGGAUCGUGGAUCUCUUGCGGACAUCAUUAAGCAAGUGAAGACUAUUCUUGAGCCAUACCUUGCAGUACUUUGCAAGCAGGUCUUGGAGGGUUUGCUAUAUCUUCAUCACGAAAGGCAUGUGAUUCACAGGGACAUGAAGCCAUCUAACUUGUUAGUCAACCGUAAGGGUGAAGUAAAGAUUACUGAUUUCGGGGUAAGUGCAGUGCUAGCAAGUUCGAUGGGUCAGCGGGAUACAUUUGUUGGAACCUACAACUAUAUGGCGCCUGAGAGGAUUAGUGGAAGCUCUUAUGACUACAAGAGUGACAUAUGGAGUUUGGGCUUAGUACUACUUGAGUGUGCAAUCGGUCGGUUCCCCUAUAUUCCUUCAGAAGGAGAAGGUUGGCUAAGCUUUUAUGAACUACUGGAAGCAAUUGUUGAUCAGCCACCACCUUCUGCACCUGCAGAUCAGUUCUCUCCAGAAUUCUGCUCAUUUAUCUCCUCUUGCAUACAAAAGGACCCAGCAGGAAGGAUGUCUGCUUCAGAACUCUUGAAUCACCCUUUUAUCAAGAAGUUUGAGGGUAAAGAUCUAGACCUGCGAACUCUUGUGGAGAGCCUGGAACCUCCAAUGAACAUACCCGAGUAG